GUAUCAUUUAUUCUUUUCAAAACAAGCUAGUGUGAAGUUCGAACCAAAUCGUCAAGCAAAUGUAUAGAAGGAAGUUUCGAGCGUACGAUUUUUUUUCAUAAUGUUCAAAAUUUCAAUCUACGUUUUGUUAGUCGUAACUUUGUGCAAUGUUACUUCAGAAAUUACGAAGGAAAGUUUGGAUCAGUUAGUUUCGACAGUUGAAGCCGAAAUAAAUAACUUAAGGAAUAUAAGGCCACCAUAUACGAAAGAAAAUGAACCUGAGGAUUUUGAGAGAGAGCUUUAUGGCAAAGUAAAAGAUAACACAACUUAUGACUUCAUCGUCAUAGGCGCAGGAGCAGCAGGAGCAACUGUAACUCGUCGUUUGGCAGAAAUAGCAGACUGGAAAAUACUCCUAUUGGAAGCUGGAGAAGAAGAAACCGACACUACUAGAAUUCCUUCUCUCUCGUUCAACCUCCUCAAUUCAAAGUACAAUUGGGGCUAUCUUACUACAACCCAAAAAUAUUGGUGCUAUGGUUCAACCGACAAACGGUGUCUCCUAGGAAUGGGCAAAGCUCUCGGAGGAUCUACAGCCAUCAAUGGAAUGUCCUGGGCAAGAGGCAACCCGAAAGACUAUAAUAAAUGGGCGGAUAGUGGUUGUCCAGGCUGGAACUACCACGACGUUCUUCCUUACUUCAAGAAACUCGAGGAUUCACAAAUAAAACACUACUCUGAAGAACAUCAGGGAAAAAAUGGACCUGUCCAUCUAGAAAAUUCUAGAUUCGAAUCUAAAGCAACUGAGUUUGUCUUAAGAGCGGCCUAUGAACUGAACAUUCCAUAUGUCAACUUCAACGCCGGUAAACAGAUAGGAAUCGGUCAUGCACAAGGAACUCUUAGAAGGGGAAGCAGAUGGAGUUCCGCAAGGGCCUACUUGCAGAACGCCCAAGUACUACCCAACCUCGUGAUAAAACCAAGAAGUACAGUGUUGAAAGUUUUGAUUGAUCCGAAGGAUAAGAAGGCUUCGGGUGUUCAAUAUAUAAGAAAUGGCACCAUCGUAGAAGUGCACGCGACAAAAGAAGUCAUAAUUUCAGCAGGUGGAAUGAUGACGCCCAAACUACUGAUGCUAUCUGGAAUUGGUCCCAAAGAAGAAUUGAACAAUCUGGGGAUUGAAACCAUGUCGGACUUGAAAGUCGGAAAGACUUUAAGGACUCACUUAGCUUUCAUGGGACUUAAAUUCAUCUUCAACAAUACUCAACUGCCUUCCAAAAAUACAAGGGAGGAGAUUAUAGAGUUCUUAACAAAAGGAAAGGGACCACUGUCCGCUUUCUCUGCAGAUGUUAUCGCUUAUUUCAACACAGAAGUAUCGAAAGAUUCUGCCGAUCUUCCAGAUGUCGAACUGGUAUUCUCACCAAGAUAUGAGGUUGUUGAUAACGGAGUAACUGAAAACAAACUCGCUGUAUCGGUGACUGUGGUACUCUUGGAUCCAAAAUCUGUAGGUAGUGUUAAAAUUGGCACAAACGAUCCAUUUCAUCCGCCAUUGAUAGAUCCGAAUUUCUUAUCUGACAAAGAUGAAAAGGACAUAGCAACUCUUAUAGAAGGUAUAAGGCUGGCCCAAAAGUUCCUCGCAACAAGGAUAUUCAAGGAAAAUGGCGGUUAUCUGGAUAGAAAACCAAUUCCCUCAUGUAGUAGUGAAGAAUUCGACUCUGACCAAUAUUGGAGAUGUGCCAUGAGAUACCAAAGUAUUUGUUUAUCGGAUCCAGCAAGCACAGCCAAGAUGGGUCCUACAAGUGAUCCAGAUUCUGUUGUGGAUGAUGAAUUGACAGUCCACAGAAUAGGAAACUUAAGGAUAGUUGAUAAUAGCGUGAUUCCUGUCAACAUUAGGGGUCAUAUGAUGGCUCCAGCGUAUAUGAUUGGAGAGAAAGCGGCUGAUAUAAUUAAAAACUUUUGGUACAGUAUGUAUCGAUCAUAAGGACAUGGAAGGGAUUGGUCACUAUAACCGAGAGUCGUUAUAAGCAACUAUUAUUACAAAGAUUCUUCUCAAGGAAAGAAAGAAGAACAUAACUAAUAAUGUGCCCUAUGAAGAUACAUAUGAAUAAACAAAUGCAUGUAUUGAAACAAUGUGAUGUGAAAAAAAAACAAAUUAUGGUUCGAAACAUCCGCAACAUAUCAAACAAAUCAUUUUGAGUUUCGGAUAUGGUAUAUGCUUGUAUAGCUAUUCAAAAGUAAUAAAAGAAUAUAGUUAUUCUGAA